AUGUCGAAGCGGCAGGGACCGCCGAAACACCAGAACCGCUACGCGUGGAAGCCGAACCUUGGCCAGAAGAUCAACGAAACCGAGCCCGGGGGCAGGUUCCGACCUCUAUCAGAGAUCACCGGCGUCUGCCAGCGCUGCCGGGAUCAAAUCGACUGGAAACGCAGAUACGGAAAAUACAAGCCCAUUGUUGAGCCAGCAAAAUGCCAGAAGUGUAGUAAGCGAAAUGUCCGGCAAGCGUACCAUAACGUAUGCAGAGAUUGCUCCAAGGACCUCGGCAUAUGUGCCAAAUGCUGCACUCGUGUUAAUGAGCUUGUUGGAAGGGAUGCGAAUGAGGAGGAAAGUGAACGCAAGGAACUAGAAGAGGCUAUCAGAGGUGCCAGGGAGAGGGAAAGACGUGCACUUCUUCGUAUUAUGAGCAAAGGCAAGGGUGGGGAGAGUGGGCCGUCAGUCCCAAAGAUUGCUGACAGAAGUCGAGAAGGUGAUAUCUUCCCUGCUGCAUCACUUGAUGAAUACACCCAACAAGCUAGAGAGCAAGAAGAAGAUGACUCAGAUGAAGAGACUGGAGAUUUUGUGGAAGAUUAA